AUGGGGUUCGACGUGAACCGCUUCCAGGGCGACGGCGAGGUUGACGAGGAGCUCCUGUGCCCUAUAUGCUCCGGUGUGCUCGAAGAUCCCGUCCAGGCACCAGUUUGUGAGCACGCCUUCUGUCGUUCCUGCAUUAACGAAUGGAUAAACCGUCAACACACAUGCCCACUGGAUCGCACACCAAUUAUAGCUAGUCAGCUAAGAGGAGUUCCUCGAAUUCUUAGAAACUUGUUGGCUCGCUUGUUUAUCAAGUGUGAUAAUGUCGUGUAUGGCUGUUCUGCGGUCGUUAAAUUGGAUAUGCUAUCUUCACAUCUUGAACAAUGUGAAUACAAUCCCAAGAGACCUAUGCUCUGUGAACAAGGCUGUAACUUAAUCAUUCCUAAAAACGAGCUCAAAGAUCACAACUGCGUGCGUGAACUUAGGAAUCUGAUACAGUCACAGCAGCAGAAAAUGACAGAUAUGAAGCGAGAGAUCAGCGAGCAUCAAUUGCAGAUCAACGAACAUAAGCGUGAGAUUCAUUUGCUGAAGGAUUUUAUGCGAGCGCUUAGAGUAUCCAAUCCAACGAUGCGCGCGAUAGCCGACCAGAUGGAACGGGACGACGUUGUGAGAUGGUCGGCUACUCUUCCACGUGCAAGAGUUACCAGAUGGGGUGGCAUGAUUUCAACACCGGACGAGUUACUUCAAACUAUGAUAAAGAGAACACUAUCAGAGAAUCAUUGUCCGCCUCAUGUGAUCGACGAGCUGAUGGAGAACUGUCACGAGAGGAGAUGGCCGCCAGGCCUCAGCUCUCUUGAAACACGACAAAACUCCCGCCGGCAAUAUGACAACUAUGUAUGCAAAAGAGUACCCGGCAAGCAGGCGGUAUUGGUCCUUCACUGUGAUAAUACACACAUGCCAGAGGACAUGAUGGUCGAGCCAGGGUUAGUAAUGAUCUUUGCGCAUGGCAUCGAGUAAAGUGACGAGACAUUGUAUACGAAUGAUGGGAGGUAGUGAAUUCUAUUAUUCACUCUUUCCCAUCACUUUUAGCUUGAUAUAUGUUUUUCUGGGUCGAUAUUCAGAUUUUCUGGAUCUGUCAGAUUAAUUUGAGGAACUAGAAACCCAAGGUUUCGUUAUUAAAGCUCCAUCGUAGAUCCAUUAUAAAUAUAUAUAUAUAUAUAUAUAUAUAUAUAUAUAUAUAUAUAUAUAUAUGACUCAAGAUCCAUAAUAGGAGCUUGCGCGUUUAAGGCUGAAACCCUAAAUUGCGUGGUUCUUCGACAAUCCUGCAAGUUUUACAACAAAUUGCCGUCGGGCACGAUUUUACAAACGAUGAUACACACCGUUGUGUUUUGUGAUACAAACGCAAUUGUGCAGACGCAAUUGCUGCGUGCGGGUCGAUCGAGAAGACUGUAAAUCAAUUUAGUAACUCAACAACUUAACUACACGACUGAAGUAAUUCGUAUGAUAUGAAAUCGGUCGGUCGUCCAUCAGAUACCUUGAUCGUCCUACCUUCCAUCUCCCAACGUCUAUCCCCAGAAAAAUCCAAAUCCAUCGAAUGUCUGAAUCGUUGCACUGUGAUACACCGCUUCGGUGAGAAACUUCCUGAAAUCGCGUGAUAAAUGACCGGCCAUCUUUCGGUAUCGAUCGAUUUGUACAUUUUCGCCGGCGGUCCGUUUAUCGUUCGUUUCAGGAUCGUUUUGCGGAUACUUCAAAGUCUGUGAGUGUUUUACUAUAAUACUUUAGAAGAGUAAGUCCGAACCGAAGUCGAUAGAAGUCUCUCUAUCAGUGAUCUGAGUACUCGAUACGGGAUAUGCUCGCUACAGAUGUGAUUCAGCUCUUGAAAAUUAUGGACGUGUCGGCGUCCUUUUUCCAGAGUUCUUUUACAGAAUAUCUCUCUCUUCCUUAGUCAUAUCUUCCGAAACUUUUUUUAUAAAUUUUUUUUGUGUAAACUGCAUGUCAUAGACAAAUCAGUUUUCAUCUUUGUCUCUGCAUAUCACACAAGUCUUACUAGAGAUUUUUGUCAAUGACCGUUUAUUAAAGCACGCAAAGAUACGUUGCAAAUAGCUUGUUUUUCUAGAUUAAAAGCACGCUUCAUCUCCAUUUCGCGUAAUUGCACAGGUUGUCCUAUGAUCAGUUUUCUCAAAGAAAGAACAAAUAUUAAAAUUAUUAUGUCUCAAAGUUAUUGAGCAAAUAUUUAUUAUCUAUUAAUAAAUUUCUUAACAUUUUUAAUUUUUAAUAAAUUUUUUAAAUUCGUUAAAUUUUUUUAAUUAUUUGAUUUAUUAGU